AUGACAACCCACCAGACCGUCCCUUCCCCGGAUUCUUCCUACAUGAACUCCCCUGUCGCCUUCGUACAGCCGCGACACAAGGAUAAGGGUUCAUAUGUACAGAGAUGGAAGGUAUUACGUGAAAGAAAUCGAAACUUACCUCGACUUGACUUCAAUGUCAAUAAAUCUGCUACAAAGAGGCCACGGAAGAAUGCAGUAGUAGGUAUUGCACGCUCUCUGACUAUGGAAAGUAUGAAACUACCGUCAAUAUCUACGUCCAGUGUCAUCACCACGGCAACCAAUGGAACAACAGGAGGCGCUAGCAUUAAAACAACCGGAAGUGGCUCAAAGAAACCAAAUAUACAAGUGCUGAUACACUUUGCCAGAUGGCGGUGCGGUCAAUUGGACCCCGAUAAGCGGGACCGAGAAACGCAGCUAAAUGCUGCGUUAUCAAAGUCACUUCCAAACAUAGCAACAUCAGUACAAACGGAUACGAAGGCAGGCGUCGCCGCGGCAACCAAACACAGAUUCGAGAAAUUUGCUCACACGAAAAAACUAAGCCGACGGACAGACGAAAAAGAGAAAGAGGACGACAGUCAAAAUCUUGUACAGUCGGGUAUAUAUCAAUUUAACUUAAGCAAUUUACAGGAGGAAGAGGAGGGUACACCUCUUAUAGGGGGAAAUGAUAAACUUUUAUCACGUGAAAAUAUAGUGAACAGUGCAAGAACGAGACAGAAAUUAGAGAAAGAUCAGUUAGGACGUAGAAGUACAAGGAAAAAAUGGCGGGAUAGUUGUAAAUGUAUGAGGUGUGAAAUUAUGAAAAGACAGUUCGUUGAAGGAGAUGAACAUUACACAAAAUGGGGAAUCUAUCCUUGUCAGAACUUGAAACGAAGCAAGUAUUAUGACCAAUAUUUUUAUGACAGUGACUGA